CAAAAAAGACACACGCACACACCACAGUGCCCGCCGUCAACAACUUUCUGCUCUACCUGCAGACUGCACACGACCUGCACUCCGCAAGCACUGUCUAUCAUAUUCUGCAACGUACAUGCUCCUCGCCUUCGUGUCGUGCUGUCCUCGUCUUGCCCCACGCCUUCUACGUCCUGCACCGCCUGCGUUCCAACGAGCUUCAUCCUUCGUCACACGACAUCCUAUCCCACCACCAUACCCACAGCGCACCAUGGCGACUCUAGGAGCCCCGGCAAAGAAACACAAGGUCACCAUCGUAGGAUCGGGUAAUUGGGGCACCACACUCGCAAAGGUCGUCGCCGAAAACACCAAGCAAUAUCCCGACAUCUUCGAAGAGGAGGUGCAGAUGUGGGUGUUCGAGGAGCAGUACAAGGACCCGCGCGACGGCAACGAAAAGGCACUGUCUGGCCUCAUCAACGAACUGCACGAGAACAUCAAGUACCUCCCUGGCGUGAAGCUCCCCGCCAACGUCAAGGCAAAUCCAAGCAUCACCGACUCAGUCAAGGACACCACAGUCCUGGUCUUUGUCCUUCCACACCAGUUCAUCAAGGGCACCCUCGAGGCCAUGAAGGGCAACAUCCUCCCCUACGCACGCGCGAUAUCCUGCGCCAAGGGAGUCGACGUUUCCGGCGACCAGGUCAACCUCCUCAGCACCACCAUUGCCGACUCGCUCAACAUCUACUGCGGCGCCCUGUCCGGCGCAAACAUUGCCUCGGAAAUCGCCCGCGAGAAAUGGUCCGAGACGACUAUCGCGUACCACCCGCCCGACAUUGACUCGCGCCAUCCCACCCCGCAGCCCUCGCGCCAGCCCUCCCCGUCCUCAUCAUCAACAAACCUCCACAGCAGCACACAAACUAAAGCUACCCUGAAGCCACUGCCCACAGACUACCCCCCGCUCAACCACGCCACCGUGCAAAAGCUCUUCCACCGCUCCUACUUCCACGUACAAAUGAUCUCGGACGUCGCAGGCGUCUCCCUUGGCGGCGCCCUCAAAAACAUCGUCGCCCUAGCCGCCGGCUUCGUCGACGGCCUCGGCUGGGGCGACAACGCCAAGGCCGCCGUGAUGCGCGUGGGUAUCCUCGAAUCCGUCAAAUUCGGCAAAAUGUUCUUCGGCCCGGCCGUCCAGGCGUCCACCUUCACGGAGCAGUCGUGCGGCAUCGCAGACGUCAUCACGAGCUGCUCCGGCGGGCGCAAUUUCCGCUGUGCCAAGAAAGCGACAGAAACGGGCCGGAAGGUCUGGGAGGUCGAGCGCGAUGAGUUGAACGGGCAGAAGCUGCAGGGGACCGGCACGGCGGAGGAUGUGCAUCAGGUGUUGUUGGCGCGGCUGGGCGGGGAUGCAGCGGCUGUGAGGCGGGAGUUUCCGCUUUUUACGGCCGUGUUUGAUAUUUUGCAUGAGCAUGAGACGGGCGUCAAGGCGGAGCAUAUCCCUGAUUUGAUUGGGAGGAGGCCCGGCGGUGAGGGGGAUGAUGGGAGUGGUGUUGGUAGUAGUGGUAGGGCGAGUUUGUGAGGGAUUUUGGGGGUGGUAUAGAUUGAUUUGGUUGGCGUUGAUAUCCCUACUUCUAACGUCCGUCGCUAGAUGAGAAGGAGGAAGAUAGCAUAGAGUUGUUGGGGAACGGGAGGGUGGUUAUAGAAAUAUAAAGCAUUGCGUACACGAAUUAGUUGAAUUGAAUGAAUUGAAUGAAU